AUGCAGAAAUAUAACAGUAACAACAGCAGUGGCCCGGUCUUCCUGUUGAUGGGAUUUCCAGGGCUGGAGAUGUACCACCCCUGGAUCUCCAUCCCCUUCUGUUCCAUCUACCUCAUGGCACUGCUGGGGAACAGCGCCAUCCUCGUGGUCAUCAGGACCAACCGAAGCCUUCACGAGCCCAUGUAUGUCUUCCUUUCCAUGCUGGCCCUGACCGACCUGGGCUUGUCUCUCUCCACGUUGCCCACAGUGUUGGGCCUCUUCUGGUUCAACAUCCGGGAGAUCGACUUCACCGCCUGUGCUGCCCAGCUCUUCUUCAUUCACACCUUCUCGUUCAUGGAAUCCUCAGUGCUCUUGGCCAUGGCCUUUGACCGCUACGUCGCCAUCUGCAGCCCGCUGCGGUAUACCAGCAUCCUGACAAAUCCGGUGUUGGUCAAGAUUGGCCUGGCCAUUGCUGUAAGGAGUUCAGCCAUUGUGCUCCCCACACCCUGGCUGCUCAGGAGAUACAGGUACUGCAAGAGGAACUUGCUUUCCCAUUCGUUUUGCCUGCACCAAGAUGUCCUGAAGCUCUCGUGCUCCGACUCCAGGGUCAACAGCAUCUACGGCUUGUGCGUCGUCCUCUCCACGUUGGUGAUCGACUCUUUGCUCAUCCUGCUGUCCUAUGUGAAGAUCAUCAGGACCGUCACGGCCAUCGCCUCCAGGGAAGAACGGUCCAAGGCGUUCAACACGUGUGUCUCCCAUAUCUGCGUUGUCUUGAUCUUCUUUAUUCCUGUGAUUGGGGUGUCCAUGGUGCACCGUUUUGCAAGGCACAGCUCCCCCAUUGUCCAUAUCCUCAUGGCUGACGUGUAUCUCCUUAUUCCUCCUGUCCUCAACCCCAUUGUGUAUAGCAUAAAGACCCAGCCCAUCCGCAAGGGGGUCCUGUGGGUAUUUGGCAGGAGAAGGAACACCCAUUUCCGGUGA